UGCUGUGUCUGUCCCGUGGCCGGCAUGGAAGGGACAGUGGUGUGGCUGCUUCCCACGGCUGUGCUGCAGUCCCUGGCCUGCUCUCCUAUGGCAGAGCCUGAGGCAGCUUUUAUGCAAACUCCAGCUAGGAUCUGUUCUUGCUUAUUACCUGAAAACUGGAGUAAUUCCACUUGCAGCAAUAAAAACUUAAGAAAAUCGAGAGUAAUUGUCCUCUGUAAAAACUGGAUGCCAUUGCCUGCAUCUACCCCUGUGGAACUGUUUUGGGAAGCUGUGCUGCCUCUGCUCUCCAGAGCAGUGCAGGAAAUGCAGCGUUGAUGUUGGUGGGAUAGCCGAGCAUGUGAGGAGGAGGAGGCACAGGCAUGCCUGUGCUGUGGAGGGGACGCUGGGGAAGGAAUGCCACCAGUUUAUGAGGAAUGAGCCAAGGUCGGGAGGACUCGACCUGCUGGAUGUAGAGAUAAGCGGGAGCAGAGCCGGAGGGAGAUUGUGGGGCACUUACAGGGCACUUAGAAAGCUCCUUGAGCCUUGUUUUCUGGUCCUUAGGUAGGGAUCGGAAGUGAGAAGCUUGAGCUCAGCUAUACUGUUGUGAUUGUAGUUUUAUUUAAUUCAAGUGAGGCUAUCAAGAAGGUUGUUGCUGUCUGGAUCGAUACCAUAUGUUAUAAAUAUCCUUCAAAUGCUGGUGUGCUCGUCCAUUUAACAUCUUCAGUAAUAAGAUAAGGGUGACUUCUGCAUCAUGAAAAGCAUAAAAUCAAUGUGUAACUAUGGUCACGUGUGCCUGUAAUGAUCUGGCACAGCUUUUAUUGCAGGGACUUUGGAUGUAUUGUUUAGGGGAAAUUGCUCAGAAAUAUUCCUAAUGGAGAUUAAAUGAGGAAGAAUCAUGUGCCAGAUACACUUUAUACUGCUGUUCAGUCGGCAGGGGAAGUUAAGGCUUCAGAAAUGGUACACGACGCUACCUGAUAAAGAGAAGAAAAAGAUCAUUCGAGAAAUUGUUCAGAUUAUUUUGUCUCGCAAUCAAAAAACAAGUAGUUUUAUUGACUGGAAAGACCUCAAGCUUGUUUACAAAAGGUAUGCUAGUUUGUAUUUCUGCUGUGCAAUAGAAGACCAGGAUAAUGAGCUCCUGACACUAGAGGUCGUACAUCGAUACGUGGAGCUCCUGGACAGAUACUUUGGAAACGUGUGCGAGCUGGAUAUUAUCUUUAAUUUUGAAAAAGCUUACUUUAUUCUUGAUGAGUUUAUAAUUGGUGGAGAAGUACAAGAGACUUCAAAGAAGACUGCAGUGAAAGCCAUAGAAGACUCUGACAUGUUGCAGGAGACAGUGGAAGAAUACAUGAACAAGCCUGCAUUUUAACGUUAAACUACCUGGAGAGAAAACUGCUGUAUGCACCUCUAAAGUGCACUUCCUGAAAUUGCUGUAUGCACCUCUAAGUGCACUUCCUGAAAUUGCUUCCCAGUGUGCCAGAUCCUCAGAGAAAUACCGAAAACCAAUAACUGAAGGGGUGUGUUUGUAUGAUGGUGAAGAUGAAGGUCAGCUAAUGUAGCAAAGGGUUUAACAAUUCUGUGCAUUGCAUUACUCUGCAUAUGAGUUUCUCAGAGUUGUUAUUACCCCAAUCUAGUUUCUCUUCUGGCUGGACUGAACUUUUGUUUUGCACCAGAUCUUAUAGCUAUGGGUUUUGUCAUCACAAAAUGCUCCUUUGACAGUACUUUGCAGAGGUAUUUUUACUAGUUUUGUUCACUGCUGACUGUAUGACUCUACUUUUGUACAAAUGUCUGUUAUUUUGAUGCAAUGGUUAUUCUGCUGUAAUAAUAAUUUUUUUUCUAAAAGCCAAA